AGUGAGUCCUCUGACCUUGACAGUAGCUUUCUGAGCAUAGAACCUGAGGGUGGCUUGUGUGCAGAAUGGAAUACAUCGCAAAUGACCAGUUGCAACAAUGAUCAUCAUGAUGGGUCCCCCUCUCCCCCUCAGACUUCAACACCAAUACGUGCCAAAACAAAAAGACCGAGGCCCAGUCGUACUAUUACCCGGGAACAGCCAUCUGAUUACCUUCAGCUGCCAGCGAUCUCAAUUUCUCAAUCAUGCAGUGAGUCCUCUGACCUUGACAGUAGCUUUCUGAGCAUAGAACCUGUGGGUGGCUUGUGUGCAGACUGGAAUACACCACUUAUGAUCAGUUGCAACAAUGAUCAUCAUGAUGGGUCCCCCUCUCCCCCUCAGACUUCAACACCAAUACGUGCCAAAACAAAAAGACCGAGGCCCAGUCGUACUAUUACCCGGGAACAGCCAUCUGAUUACCUUCAGCUGCCAGCGAUCUCAAUUUCUCAAUCAUGUAG